UGGCACAAAUGAACCAAAAAAAAAUGCAUCAAAAUAAAACCAACCCAUAAUGAACAACAUCAAAUCUUCAAGUGGGUUUCCUCCAAUUCAAUCUCUAAUGCAAAUCCAUACCCUAAUUGUUCAUGGAAACUGAGCUUAAUGAACAUAAUAAACAUUAACCCAUCUCUUACCCGGAAAUAAUUACAGAAAAUCGAUAAAGAAUCUAACUUUACGAGCAGAAGGGUGAUUGAAUCGAAGAAGAAGGAAAUGCCUAUAUAUAUUUGACAAUGGAGAAUCGUGUGGCUUGUUGAAUCCGUUAGCUUCAUCUCUUUGGCUCUUCUUUGCCUCUCGUUUGCUCUGUGGUGACCAACAUCCGAUUUGCUGUCCUUUUCCUCCUCUCUUCAACAUUGCCCCCUGUAGUUUUGUCUAUUUCGAAUUCAGUCCCCAUUCUUCUCCAAAAUCUCAGUUCGUCCCCAUGUCCCCAUGUUGAGAUGGCGCCAUGUGAUUGCCUAGUACUUCCUGUACCCUGCCGUAGGAGACCUCCAUUUCUUCUUCUUCAUCUUCUCCACUCUCCGGCAUUCUGAUUCUCGCCGUUUCUCUAGCAUGUUCCAACUUUCAGGCCUUGGGGACUUGAGGAACUGUUAAUCUGGCUUGGUUGGAGGGCAUGGAAUCACCUGGUCACAUUUAGGAAUGACUCCAUUUGGUUAAACGUGCCUGCUUGAGUCAAGUUUUAUUUGUGGCUGAUAAUGGCAGGUUCAUCUGCAAGCGGUGAUUCAAGAAACACAUCUGUGGUGGUUGUUACUCUGAAUACGGGUGAAGUAUAUAUUGCUGUGAGCUUGUCCACAAGGGUUGACACUCAAGUGAUUCAUGUUGAUCCAACAACUGGGUUGCUUCGUCAUCAUGGGAAGUUUGGUUUAGAUGUUUUUAGGUGUGAAAAUGACACUUUAGAUUAUGUUACAAAUGGUUCACCAGGGCAGUGUGAGAGUAGGAUUCAUGCCAGAGCAAUAUUGGGGUAUGCUGCCCUGGGAGGGUUUGGGUUGCUUCUUGUCGCCACAAAGUUAUUUGCCAGUAUCGAUAGUCUUCCUGGUGGAGGGUGUGUCUAUACUGUCACAGAGAGCCAGUGGAUCAAAGUAACACUUCAGAAUCCUCAACCCCAGGGUAAGGGAGAAGUGAAAAAUGUUCAAGAGUUCACUGAGCUUGACAUUGAUGGAAAGCAUUAUUUUUGUGAGACAAGGGAUAUCACUCGUCCUUUUCCAAGUCAUAUGCCCUUGGGCAAGCCUGAUAAGGAAUUUGUCUGGAAUGGGUUUCUUUCAAUGCCUUUUGAAAAUAUUGGGCUUCUGCAGCACUGUGUCAUUCUUCUGCAGGGCUUUGCAGAAUGUCGAAGUUUUGGUAGUUCAGGUCAGAUAGAAGGAAUGGUUGCUGUCACAGCUCGUCGAAGUAGGCUUCAUCCUGGUACUCGAUACUUGGCCAGGGGGUUAAAUUCAUGUUUUAGCACUGGGAAUGAAGUAGAGUGUGAGCAACUUGUAUGGAUUCCUAAAAGAGCUGGUCAGAGUGUUCCUUUCAACACAUACAUUUGGCGAAGGGGCACAACACCAAUCUGGUGGGGAACAGAGCUGAAGAUGACUGCUGCAGAGGCAGAAAUAUAUGUUUCAGACAGGGAUCCUUACAAGGGAAGCCCACAGUACUAUCAACGACUGAGUAAGCGAUAUGAUGCUUGUAAUUUUGAUGUCGCUAUUGGGGAAAAUCAGAAGAAAAAGGCUGUUGUUCCAAUUGCGUGCAUCAACUUGCUACGAAAUGGAGAAGGAAAAUCUGAAUGCAUUUUAGUUCAGCAUUUUGAGGAAUCUUUAAACUAUGUUCGUUCAACUGGGAAACUUCCUUAUACUCGAAUUCAUUUAAUAAAUUAUGACUGGCAUGCCAGCAUAAAAUUGAAAGGUGAAUGGCAAACAAUUGAAGAAUUAUGGAAACUUCUAAAAGGACCCACGUUAGCUAUAGGUAUUUCUGAAGGGGAUUAUUUGCCUUCACGACAACGGCUUAAGGAUUGCAGAGGUGAAAUCAUCUACAACGAUGACUUCAAUGGUGCCUUCUGCUUAAGAUCACAUCAAAAUGGUGUAAUUCGUGUCAAUUGUGCUGAUUCUUUGGAUCGAACAAAUGCUGCAAACUACUUUGGUGCCCUCCAAGUUUUUGUUGAGCAGUGCAGACGGCUAGGGAUAUCACUUGAUAGUGAUCUGGCAUGUGGUUAUCAGUCUGUUGAUAAGUAUGAAGGAUAUACAGCUCCACUUCCACCUGGCUGGGAGAAACGAUCUGAUGCAGUAACAGGGAAAACAUAUUAUGUUGAUCACAAUACUAGGACCACAACAUGGAAUCAUCCAUGUCCAGAUAAACCAUGGAAGAGAUUUGACAUGACAUUUGAGGACUUCAAAAGCUCAACAAUUUUAUCACUGGUAUCUCAGCUAGCAGAUCUUUUCCUAAUUUCUGGUGAUAUCCAUGCUACUCUUUACACUGGUUCCAAAGCUAUGCAUAGCCAAAUUCUUAGUAUAUUCAAUGAAGAAUCAGGAAAAUUCAAACAAUUUUCUGCAGCACAAAAUGUAAAAAUCACCCUGCAGAGGAGAUAUAAAAAUGCAUUUUUUGAUAGUUCUCGUCAAAAGCAAUUGGAGAUGUUCCUUGGAAUGAGGCUCUUCAAGCAUCUGCCAUCUAUUCCUCUUCAACCUCUAAAUGUACCAUCCAGACCGUCUAGUUUCUUUCUGAAGCCCGUUGCAAACAUUUACCCAAGUUCUGAUGGUGGAGCUAGUCUUCUCAGUUUCAGGAGAAAAGAUCUAACUUGGGUUUGUCCUCAGGCAGAUGUGGUCGAACUUUUUAUUUAUCUCAGUGAGCCUUGUCAUGUCUGUCAGUUGCUGCUUAAGGUAUCACACGGUGCAGAUGAUUCAACAUAUCCAUCAACUGUUGAUAUCAGAGCAGGACGCUACUUGGAUGGGCUUAAACUGGUUGUAGAGGGUGCUUCUAUACCUCAGUGUGCAAAUGGGACAAACCUUUUGAUACCAUUACCAGGACCAAUUAAUGCAGAGGAUAUGGCCAUUACUGGAGCUGGUGCAUGCCUUCAUGAUCAAGUUACGUCUACCACUUCCUUGUUGUAUGAUUUUGAAGAAUUGGAGGGAGAAUUGGACUUCCUAACACGCAUUGUGGCACUCACGUUCUAUCCUGCUGGUUCUGGAAGUAGUCUCAUGACUCUUGGUGAGGUAGAGAUCCUUGGAGUUUCUCUUCCGUGGACUGGAAUAUUUACUAAUAAAGGUCCUGGUGCCAGAUUAAAUGAGCUGGUGAAGAAUGUUCAGAAACAAACCGGCUCUCUUUUGACUAGUUCUGAUGCAAACCCAUUUUAUGGUUCUUCUUUACCAGAUGAAGUUCCCUCAAAAUCAGUUCAAGUCUCAUCUACUAACAAUUUGGUUGAUCUAUUAACUGGAGAGAAAAUGAUUUCUGAUUCUGUUUCUCAACCAAUUAGUGAAAACGUCAUUAAUGAGGGAGGUGAAUUGCUUGAUUUCCUUGACCAAGCUGUUGUUGAAUAUCGUCAUCCCAAAAACAAUAACUAUAAAUCAUUAGAUGCAAGGCCUCAGGAUAGUGGUGCCCAGCAAUACAUUAAUAUUAUGAAAUCCCUUGUUGAACCAUAUAAGGAUAGAGAACUAAAUUUCACAGAGGCAUUGAAACUAGAAAUUGAACGUCUACAGCUGAAUCUUUCAGCAGCUGAAAGAGAUAGAGCUUUGUUGUCCGUUGGAACUGAUCCUGCUACUAUAAAUCCAAACUUCCUAAUUGAUGAGUCAUACAGGGGGAGAUUAUGCAGAGUUACAAGCACCCUUGCAUCACUGGGGCAAGGUGCACUCGAAGACAAGAUUAAUGGUGCAAUUGGUCUAGGAAAUAUUAAUGAUAGUGUAGUAGAUUUCUGGAAUGUUACUGUAAUUGGGGAGAAUUGUUCUGGUGACAUGUGUGAAGUGUGUGCUGAGACUAAGGCAACUGCAUCUGCAUCCUCUAAGGUGUCAUCUACAGGAGCUACAAAGUCUAUCUUUUUAUGUUCUAAUUGUGAUAGGAAGGUUUGUAAAACUUGUUGUGCUGGGAAAGGUGCUCUUCUUCUUACCAAUUAUAGUUCAAGGGAGGCUACAAAUUAUAAUAGUUUGUCUAAUCAGGGUGGCUCAAGCCAUGGCAGCCAAGUUGACCUCUCUGCAGAUCAUUCAAUGGCAAUGGAUGAUGUUGUUUGUAAACAGUGCUGCCAAAACAUCAUUCUUGAGGCUUUGAUUGUGGACAAUGUCCAGGUUUUGACUAGCUUGCGAAGAAGAGCACGUGCUGAUGGUGCAGCACAUAAAGCUUUAGACCAGGUUGUAGGAUCCUCCCUUUUUUCUGACAGGAAUCAUUCCUCUGACAGUCAGCAAAAUGCUAUUGUGCUGAAACAAUUGCUUGGUGAGGAGGAAUCACUUGCUGAAUUUCCAUUUGCCAGCUUUCUACUCCCGGUUGAAACAGCACCUGAUUCAGCACCACUCUUAUCACUUCUUGUUCCACUGGACUCUGGACCACAACACUCAUAUUGGAAAGCUCCUCGUGAUACUGCUAAUGUUGAAUUUGCUGUUGUCCUUGGCACCCUUUCAGAUGUCAGUGGGGUCAUCUUGCUUGUUAGUUCAUGUGGUUAUUCAGACUCUGAUGCUCCUGCUGUGCAAAUAUGGGCCAGCAAUAAAAUAGACUGGGAAGGGCGGUCGUGCAUAGGAAAAUGGGAUGUCCAAUCACUCAUUGUAUCUUCCUCAGAGCUUUGUGGGCCAGAAAAUUCAACAACAAGGGAUCAGAUACCACGGCAUGUAAGAUUUACUUUCAGGAAUCCUGUUAGAUGCCGCAUCAUUUGGAUAACACUUCGCCUUCAGAGGCCUGGUUCAAGCUCCGUUAAUAUUGAGAAGGACUUUAAUUUGUUGUCUUUCGAUGAAAACCCCUUUGCACAAGUAAAUAGACGUGCCUCUUUUGGAGGAACAGUUGAAAAUGAGCCAUGCCUCCAUGCAAGACGAAUUAUGGUAGUCGGAAGCCCAGUGAGAGAAGAGUUGGAGCUUACACCAUCACAAAGCUCUGAUCAGUUGAAAUUUGGAAGCUGGUUGGAGCAACCUCCACAGUUAAAUAGAUUCAAGGUUCCAAUUGAGGCUGAAAGGCCAAUAGACAAUGAUCUUGUCUUGGAACAGUAUCUGCCUCCUGCUUCACCAUCGCUUGCUGGAUUUCGUCUAGAUGCCUUCUCUGCUAUAAAACCUCGAAUUACCCAUUCACCACCUUCAGGAGCAGAUAUCUGGGACACAUCAAUAACAUUUCUAGAAGACAGACACAUAUCCCCACCCAUUCUCUAUAUACAAGUAUCCACAAUCCAGGAUGGACACAACAUGAUGACUAUAGCAGAGUACAGAUUGCCAGAGGCAAAGCCAGGAACAGCUUUGUACUUUGACUUCCCAAAACAGAUACAAGCGAGCAGAAUCUGUUUCAAACUUCUAGGAGAUGUUGCUGCAUAUGCUGAUGACCCAGCAGAACAGGAUGAUUCUGGUUUCAAGCCAUUGGCUGCAGGGUUGUCUCUGUCAAAUAGAAUUAAGUUGUAUUACUAUGCUGAUCCUUACGAGCUUGGAAAGUGGGCUAGCCUUUCAGCAAUUUGACAUUGGAUUAUUUGCAGAGGAUUGGUUUGGAUUUUGAGUUUUUGCAUCCAUAUUCUUGGUUGUAUAGUAUUAUAAUGUAUCAAUAUUACAUUCAUUGUUUGGAGUAAUAAUAACAUCUAUUAUGA